AUGAAGCAAAUUCGUCGAUGGCAGAGGAUUCUGAUCCUCUCCUUGCUAUCGAUAUCUGUGUUCGCUCCGCUUAUUUUCGUCUCGAAUCGGCUUCAAAGCAUCACUCCCAUUGGUCGGAGAGAAUUUAUUGAAGAGCUAUCCAACAUUAGAUUCAGGACAAAUGACCUUAGACUUAGCGCUAUUGAACAUGAGGAUGGAGAAGGCUUGAAGGGGCCAAGGCUCAUUCUCUUCAAGGAUGGGGACUUUAACUCAUCUGAUGAAACUGAUGGUGUUACCCAGGCUAAUGAGAAAGACAAAACAAUUGAUUUCCUCGGAAUUGGUGGAAAUAAGCACAAAAGUAGGGAAGAACAAGUAAUAGUUUCACAGAAAACGACAUUAAGCGCUGAUGCAAAGGAUCAAUUUCUAACAGUUAACCAACUUGCUAAUAAAACGGAUUUCAAACCCCCUUUCUCGAAGGCUGAAAAGAUUACAAAGGUUCAACCUGUUAGAGCAACAGAUGUGAAGAUAAAGGAGAUCAGAGACAAAAUUAUACAAGCUAAAACCUACCUGACUUUUGCCCCACCAGGAAGUAACUCUCAGAUUGUGAAGGAGUUGAGAGCUCGAACAAGAGAGCUGGAACGGGCUGUUGGUGAUGCGACAAAAGAUAAAGAUUUGUCAAAGGGUGCUCUUCGCAGGGUGAAGCCGAUGGAAGCUGCAUUAUACAAGGCGAGUCGUGUCUUUAACAAUUGCCCUGCUAUUGCUACCAAACUUCGUGCCAUGAACUAUAACUCAGAAGAACAAGUUCAGGCGCAGAAAAAACAAGCAACAUAUCUAAUGCACCUUGCUGCAAGGACCACCCCAAAAGGGCUUCACUGUCUCUCAAUGCGGUUGACAUCAGAAUACUUUGCCCUGGAUCCUGAAAAAAGGCAGAUGCCUAACCAGCAAAAUUAUAAUGAUCCUAAUCUCUAUCAUUAUGUUGUAUUCUCUGACAAUGUUUUGGCGUCUGCAGUCGUUGUUAACUCUACGAUAUCUUCUUCAAAGGAACCGGAAAAAGUAGUAUUACACAUCGUGACUGAUUCACUUAAUUACCCGGCAAUCUCAGUGUGGUUUUUGCUAAACAUUCAAACCAGAGCUACAAUCCAAAUCCAAAACAUUGAUGAUAUGGAUGUCCUGCCCUCAGAUUAUGAUCAGGUGCUGAUGAAGCAAAACUCUAAUGACCCAAGAUUCAUUUCCACACUCAAUCAUGCACGCUUCUAUCUCCCAGAUAUAUUCCCGGGUUUGAACAAGAUGGUGCUCUUUGACCAUGAUGUAGUAGUUCAACGUGAUUUAAGUAGACUGUGGAGCAUUGAUAUGAAAGGGAAGGUGAUUGGAGCUGUAGAGACUUGUCGUGAAGGUGAACCUUCAUUCCAUUCAAUGAGCAGAUUUAUUGAUUUCUCAGACGCAUGGGUCGCUGGAAAAUUCAAUCCUAAAGCUUGCACGUGGGGAUUCGGGAUGAAUCUAGUUGAUCUUGAAGAAUGGAGAAGACAGAAGUUGACUUCUACAUACAUAAGAUACUUCAACUUGGGAACGAAGAGACCGUUGUGGAAAGCUGGAAGUUUACCGAUAGGUUGGUUGACUUUCUAUAGGCAAACAUUACCGUUGGACAAGAGAUGGCAUGUAAUGGGGUUAGGUCGCGAAUCAGUAGUCAAAAUGGUUGACAUUGAACAAGCCGCGGUUAUACACUACGAUGGGAUCAUGAAGCCGUGGUUGGACAUUGGGAUAGAGAAAUACAAACGUUACUGGAACAUACAUGUCCCUUACUAUCACUCCCACUUGCAACAGUGCAAUAUUCACGCUUGA